AUGAAUAGUACUUUUACAAGACACAGCCAGCUAACGGUCACAGGUGGUCUACUGAUUAUCGGAGAAUCGUCUAUCAAAUAUGUUGAUGUCUCCAGGAACGAAACUAUUUCAAGGCCACUGGCUGAGUCCACUGUAUUUGUGGCCUGGGAGCAAGUAGACGGCCAACGGUGGCUGCUAGCGGACGACUACGGCCGCCUCUUCUUCCUCAUGCUCGUUCUUGAUGCUGACAAUGCUGUCGAAUCAUGGAAGGUUGACUUCCUCGGUGUCACCUCUCGCGCUUCCGUGCUUGUCUAUCUUGACGGCGGCAUUGUUUUCGUCGGCUCUCACCAGGGCGACUCACAGGUUAUCCAGAUUAAAGAGGGCGGCUUCGACCUUGUCCAGACCAUCUCUAACAUCGCUCCUAUCCUCGACUUCACCAUCAUGGACAUGGGUGACCGUUCGGGUGCCACUCGCGAGUUUUCAUCAGGCCAAACACGCAUCGUCACCGGAUCUGGCGCGUUUGGCGACGGUAGCCUGCGCAGUGUUCGUAGUGGUGUUGGGAUUGAAGAGCUUGGCGUGCUCGCCAGCAUGGAACAUAUCACUGACCUCUGGGCAUUGCGUUCUGCCUGUCCCGAGCCAUUUUUUGAUACACUGCUUGUCUCCUUCGUCAAUGAAACUCGAGUAUUCCAUUUCUCUGCCGAUGGUGAUGUAGAGGAGAAGGAGGACGGCUUUCUUGGCCUUGUGUUCUCUGAAAGCACCCUAUUAGCCACCAAUAUACCGGGAAAUCGCAUUCUCCAGGUGACCGAGAGCAUAUCUAGAGCAAUAGAUGUCGACAGUGGCAUGAUAAUAUGGCGCUCUUCCUAUGAAGAAUUCACUAUCACCUCCGCCUCGGCGAAUGAUGACUAUCUCGUUCUCGUACUCGGCGGCACCCGCCUUGUCUGCAUAUCACUUUCGACCUUCGAGCUGGUCGGAAGCAGAGACUUUGAGGCAGAUAACCAGGUCUCCGGCAUGACUAUACCGGCCUCCCCAAUCCAAGCGUGCAUCGUAUGCCUCCCACAGUCUGCCGAGAUCAUCAUUCUCGACCUUCCUGGGCUCGAAGUAAAGAACAAGCAGACCCUAGGCGAGCCCGGAGAAGCAAUCCCACGAUCAGUCAUUGUGGCUGAGAUACUCCCUAACAAACCUCCUACCUUGUUCGUUUCCAUGGCCGAUGGAACCGUCUUCUCCUUUUCUUUUGACGUCCAUGCCUUUGCCAUUUUCAACUCUAGCAAGAUUACGCUAGGAUCCGAACAGCCAUCAUUCAAGAAGCUUCCGCGUGGUAAUGGGCAGUACAAUGUUUUUGCAACGUGCGAUCAUCCAAGCUUGAUACAUGCAUCAGAGGGAAGAAUUGUAUAUUCUGCGGUUGAUUCGGCGAGCGCUAGCCGUAUAUGUAGUCUCAAUACCCAAGCUUAUCCAGGCUCAAUCGCGUUAUCGAGCCAGCACGAGCUGAAGAUAGCAAUCGUGGACGAAGAGCGCACCACACAAAUCCAUACCUUGCCCAUGCACGCCAGCGUCAGACGCCUGGCUUACUCGCCCACGGAGAAGGCCUUUGGACUAGGGACAGUGAAACGGAAAAUCUCCAACGGAGUCGAAGAAGUAAGCAGCUCGUUUGUCCUGGCAGACGAGAUACUCUUUCGGCCCCUGAGCACAUACGAUCUUCGCCCCGACGAAUUGGUUGAGUGUGUCAUUAGGUCCCAGUUGAAUCAUGGUAAAGACGAGGUAGGUAAUUCGAUAUCCAAGGACUUGUUCUUCGUUGGAACCGCCUUCCUGGACGAUGUAGGGGACGACCAUAUCCGUGGCCGUAUCCUUGUAUUUGAAGUGAAUAGGUCCCGAGAGCUCUCUUUAAUCGUGGAGAAGUCUCUCAUGGGAGCUUGUCGCACCCUCGCCGUUAUGGAUCAUACAUUACUAGUAGCUGGUUUAGUCAAGUCGGUUAGUAUGGGGAUUUGCCUUGCUCAGUAG